AUGAAUGGAGAGAUUGCCACAGACAUCGGAUCUCUGGAGGCUCGAAAUGUUUACUGGGCAAUGAUUAUGCUUGAAAGACUCAUUCUGUACGAAUGUCCGCUCGACCAUCUCAAACCUGCAUUGGUUUUCCCAAGCUCAGAAACCGAGCUGCCAUCUGACCUUAUCUCACCAACUUGUGUCAAUUCGCCCUCCUCUCAGGAUGUUGGCCGAGCGGCAACCGUGGGUGACCUACAUGCAAACAACGUCACAUCUUUUGGUCGCCAAAUUCAGGCGAUUUCAUUUCUCGUCCAGGUCCUACGAGUAACCGAUGACAGGGAUACGACAUCAUUCUCAGAACUUAUCAAGCUGGACGAGAAACUGCGAGAGUUUCUCACUAUCUUAAUGGGCCAAAGUCCCGGAAGACACCAAUGCGGUGCUAAUGGAAUUAUGAUAAGGUCGCUGGUCCGCCUACACCAAUAUAUCCUCAAGCGGCCCUGUACGCCAGGCCACCCGGAAGCAAAGGUCCAAGAGCAGUCGCAUGCCACCCUUGACACGCUUGCCCGCAUGAUGAUCGAGGUCGCUUAUGAUCAUUUGGAGCGCUUCGUGCCCAGCAAAAUCGACUCUUUACCCCUGUCGUGUUCGUAUAAUAUGCGAUCCAUGAUGGAGCUCAUAGAGGAUAGAUGGGGUCAUAUUAGCAGCAAACAACCACCGAAGGGGCUAGAGGCAUUUGUGGCACUUCAUAAAGCUGUCUGCAAAAGAUGGAGGUGUUCGCUGGAACAUUAG